AUGUUUCUACGUUCUAAUUUCGUCUACUUGCCUCUUUCUUUUGACUUCUCUCGUCCCUUCUGUCCCUUCUCUAGUCUGCUCGUGCUUGUUGACAUGUUGUGUGCGUAUGCAUGGACAUUCCGCAGCGGUCCCGGCUGGGCCAAUAAAGUGGGUUUCUCGAACGCGCCGCGGCUUGUGUGCCUGAGUAUCUGCGCAAUGACAUCGCCGCCCCCCCAAAAUGGCGCGCACCUCCUGUCAUGGCCGGCAUAUGCAUCAGGUACCGUGCAUGUGUUUGGGCAACUCUUGUCACGUUUGAUGUGGGCAUUUGCGUGUCCGACGGUUAGGAAACGGCACAAGCUAUAUAUUGGGUGUCGUCUGCUUCUCCUGGGCCCUGUCCACCACCAGUUUCUUUAUCUUCUCAUGUCGCUUCUUCUUGACUCGCUGGCGCUUCUGGAAAGCAACCCGGCCACCGUGACCAUGCUACUGGGGCUCCAACAGUUGAGCUCCAUCUCCAACGUCGGCGACGACUCCAUCACGUCGCAGAAAUGGCAUCUCGGGGUGACAAACGGCACGCAGACCGCCAAUGCAACCUUGUCUUCGUCUACGGGCGGUGUUUCUUUCAACCAGACCACAAGCUCCAAGAGCGGCGGCUCCAAGGGCGGCUCCAAGAAGAGCUUGCUUGUGGCUGCGUUUGUCGCUGCAUGCGUCGGAGCUGGCUCUAUAGUAUGA